GAACGUCCAAGCACAUUCAAGUGGAGCACGUUUUUUUGUGGAUUGGAUGUGAAAUUUGUCACUGUUGGUGUUAUUUAUCUCCGAAAAGGCUCAUCUUUUUAUUUUUCUCGUAGCAAGCAGGCCUUGCUGUAACAUAUCAAAACAGCAACAUCUAGAAUGAAAAUAAUGAAAAGACCAAACAUUCUACUGACAGGCACUCCUGGAGUUGGUAAAACCACUUUAGGAAAAGAGCUUGCUCAGAGAACAGGGCUAGCCUACAUCAAUGUUGGGGACCUGGCACAAGAAGGGCAACUGUUUGAUGGAUUUGAUGAUGAAUAUCAGUGCCCAGUGUUGGAUGAAGACAGGGUGGUGGAUGAGCUGGAGGACAAGAUGACUGAUGGAGGAGUGAUUGUGGACUACCACGGCUGUGACUUCUUCCCUGAAAGAUGGUUUGACAUCGUCUUCGUUCUGCGCACUGACAACACCAAUCUGUACAACCGCUUGGAAAGCAGGGGCUACACGGGCAAGAAGCUCCAGGACAACAUCCAGUGUGAGAUCUUCCAGACCAUCUAUGAGGAGGCUAUGGAAGCUUACAAGCCAGAGAUCGUUCACCAGCUGCCCAGCAACGAGCCCGAGGACAUGGAGAGGAACGUAGACCAGAUCACACAGUGGAUAGAGCAGUGGAUGAAGGACAAUAACUAGCGCAUGUUUUGGGAAGCCGUCUUGUGUUUCGGACUGACCGUAUCGGCAUCAGGGGUGCGUUUCUCAAAAGCGUAGUUGUUAGCCGGUUAGCAUCUUGGGUGGUUGCCAAUGGGAAACUGCAUUGCAAACAACAAAGUAGCUAACGUACUUCGCAACUAUGGCUUCGAGAAAUGCACCCCAGACUUGGGACAGGACACCUGUGAAUUCAUGCUCACACCUGAAGGGUGGAUGCAUUGUGUAAUCCACAAGGCUGUUCAGCUGUGUCAUGGGGGCAUUGCAAAAAGGGUUACAUUGUUACAUUGCACUUCACUUCCAAGCUUCACAAAGUGUCUUGAGGGACAAUAGAAAUUGCAGGUGUUCUUGGUAGUAAUACAGAGCUUCCUUUGACACAUGGCCGUGCUUCUGAAGAAUGUUGUAUGAAACACCAUGUGCUGACAUUCGAGCUAAAAUUGACAUUUGGCACUUACAUUCCAUAUUGAGUUUUGAGUUGAAAAGCAGUUUCAAAAGUCAUCCUGCCCAAAAAUCAUGUUGCCAUGACCCAUGACUAUUGCACCUCAUCGAGACUUCUGACUAGUUUCUUAUUCUUCACUUAGGCCUUACAGAAUGUGAAAGGAGAUUCGUAAUGCACAGUUUAAUAUUAUAUUUUAUAAAACUGUAAUGUUAAAUCCAGAUUCGGUUAUGUGACAUCCACUGUGCAGUCGUCCUGCAACUAAUAUUUUUCAUAUGCUUUUAUCAUGCUAUGCAGUUACAGAUGGACAUUCUAGCUGCAUGACUAUGAAACUCCAAUAUACAGUAGUAAUGUAUGGACAAUCUGUUGACAGUGUGCCAUAGACCGUUGUGUGCAAAUAAAAACAAAUGCUUCAUAA